GUUUGAUUGAUCAUAAUACUUCUUGAUACAAAAUCCAUCAUUCCUCAAACACCCCUUCACCAAAACCUAUUUGCACCAUCCCCAUUCCUCACAGCCCAAAAUGAAGCUCGACCCCGCCAUCGCCGAAGGCCUAGGCGUUGACCCAGCCCACACCACCCUCAGUAGUGCAGGGGGUGGCGGGUGCAGCAGCGCCAGCAACGCUAAAAUAACGACCACCUUCUCCGACGGCCGAACACGCAGUUGGUUCAUGAAGAGCGCGCAAGGCUCGAAAGGUCGCGCGAUGCUCGAAGGCGAACACGCCUCCCUCCUCGCCCUCUCCACCGCCUCUCCCACCCUCGUCCCCCGCCCCCACGCCCUCGGUACUCUUUCCUCCUCCCCCACCACCCACUUCCUCCUCACCUCCUUCCUCACCCUCUCCUCCGCCCCCCGCUCCCCUGCCACCCCCUCCCUCGCCACCAAGCUCGCCCGCCUGCACUCCACCCCAGCCCCCAACCCCCCGCGCUUCGGCUUCUCCCGCCCCACUUACUGCGGCGAUACCGCGCAAGACAACGCCUGGGACCCCAGCUGGGAGUCGUUCUUCCGCGAGCGGCGCCUCGGCGCCAUCCUACGCGCGUGCGAGGAGAACAAUGGUGCGGACGCGGAACUAAGGGCGCUAGUGGAGCGGACGCAGAGGGAGGUAUGUGGGAGGUUGAUUGGGGAUGGGCAUUUGAAUGGGGGGGAGGGGGUAGUGCCGGUGGUGGUGCAUGGGGAUUUGUGGAGUGGGAAUUGGGGGAGGGGGCGGGUUGAAAGGGGGGAGGGGGGAAAGGGAGAGUUUGAGGAGGGGGAGGUGCAUGAGGUGGCGUAUGAUCCGUCGGCGGCGUAUGCGCAUGGUGAGUUCGAUCAUGGGAUCAUGAAGAUGUUUGGGGGGUUUGGGGCGGGGUUUUGGGAGGAGUAUUGGGCGGUGGUGGAGAAGACGGAGCCGGUGGAGGAGUAUGAGGACCGGGUGGAGUUGUAUGAGCUGUACCAUCACCUCAACCAUAAUGCGCUGUUUGGUGGAUCGUACCGCAGCGGUGCGGUUUCGAUAAUGAAAAAGCUGUUGAGGAAAUAUGGCAAAAAGGAAAUGAUAUGAAGCGAGUCCGGGCCUUCAAAGAAAAUGAUCAAUGCCAAAUCCAGGUUAGAGUCGGAUACGCAUAUUAUCAUGUCAAAUAACACUGAAUUCAGUGAAUAGAUAAUCACAAACAUCACAGCCGCAC